AUGCAUGCCAACUCCCUGGUAGGUGUGGCCGAAAGCGUCUCAGGCCUCACCAGCCUCAUCGUUGCCAUCCCGGUCGGCUACAUCGUCGACCGGCAGCCCACUAAACGAGCGCGACUCUGUCGAAUGUCCUGCGGCUGCGCUCUUCUGUCAGUGGUCGCUGGCUUCAUUGCAAUUCUGACAGACGAACUGCUGAUUCUGACGGUCAUGCUUGUAAGUUUUGGCGCCUUCAUGGAGCUCAGCUCCAGUGCUACGGAUGCGAUCUUUGCUGACAGCAUCCCCCCCGGCGAGCGAUCUUCGUACUACGUUACCAAGUCGGUGCUGACCACGGUCGGCAGCGCGUGCGGGCCUGGAAUCUCGGCUUUUAUGCUGGCACUACUCGGUGACAAGUGGCAGCCAUACCAGAUCAAGAUUGUGAUCGCCGGUGGUUUGUUUCUUUUCCUCCCGACCCUGCUGCCUCUCUUCGUCUUCUGGGAUCCCAUCUUGCCACAGGCAACCGAGGCUGAGGCCAGCAACACCUCCGCCACAUCGGACGCGCAGAGUGAGGAUGGAAGCACGCGGGCAUCAACCGCCGACCCUGAGGCAACGACUCAUGUAGCGAGUGCCGAGCCUGAAGCUCCGAAGUGUUUGUGCUUCCGAAGCAAGCACGUGCCAUUUCUCCUGGCUUUGGCCGACUUCAUCACAUGCAUUGGCGCCGGCAUGACCGUCAAGUUCUUCAACCUUUUCUUCAUCCAGGACCACCAAUUUUCGCCAGUGGCCAUAAGUUUGCUACAGACUGUCUAUCCCUUGAUCAUUGCGCUGUUCAUGAAGUUCACAGAGCGGCUGGCCAAGCCCCUGGGCCGUCCUCAGGCCUCCUUAAGCUUCUUCAGCGCGAAUGUGGUUUGCCUUUUCCUGCUUGGCGAGGUGACAUGGCUCCCCCUUCUGCUAGUGGUCUUCAUGGUGCGAGGGGGCUUUGCCAACAGCACCUUUCCGAUUGACCGCUCGAUCCUUAUGGACUACACUCCGUCCACCCAGCGCGGGAUGUGGAAUGCGAUCCAAAGCCUGACCUCAAUGACUUGGAGUGGCAGCGCCUUCCUCGGGGGCCUUCUGUCCGACUCCCACGACUACAGGUACACCUUCGUCAUCACGAGCCUCAUCUAUGCAUCUGCGUGCGUCGUGUACACGCCCUUGCUGUGGCUCGUUCCCCGCAAAGA